AUGAUGGCUCAAGUGCGUCCCCGCGUGGUUCGCCCACACGGUGUUGGCCGUAGGGAUCUGUGGGAUUCCAUCACCAGCGCUGUCGGCAACGCCUUUGACCCCCAUGGCAAGGACGCGCAGUCAACAUCAACAUCAACCAAGGAGCAGCAGCACAAGACAAAGACCAAGACAGUCCUGACAACAGACGCCCCGAGCACGUAUACUGGCCCGCUGACGACCAAAACGCAACCCACAAAACCGGCCGCAAAGACAACAGAGACCACGCCAACAAAAACCGCCACAACAUCCGCCAAGGCCGCGACAACAAAAACUACCAGCAAAGCGGCUGCCAAGACCAGUGACACGACUUCGGAGAAUGCCAAAGAUCUGCCAAAAUCCAUAGCCGCGACGACCGCACCGAAUUCGGAAACAAGACUGGCUGUUGACACGACAAAGCCAACAACCACCACCAGCGCAUCACCAACACUCGCUGCUGCCUCCGCAACAAACACCGCAACCGCGUCUUCUGGCAGCAGCACCGGAGCCAAGGCAGGCAUUGCCAUUGGUGUCCUGGCAGGUGUCUUCUUUGUCUUCGCAAUCAUCUUCUUCCUGUUCCGCAGGCACCGGAAACAGGUGGAAGACCGGCGGGUAGCCGACGACGAGAAGAACGGGCCGUUCGCCGAUAGCGCAGCGAUUGGUGGUGCUCCGAGGUCCCGGUUAAGUCUCAAGCCGGUUGCUCAGUUCCUGGGCGGUGCCGGUGCCGGUGCCGGUGCUGGUGCUGCUGCUGGUGCGGCUGCAAACUCACAAUAUGACAAUGGCUUCCCCAGCCGCCGCCAGAGCCGUGGUGCCAACAUCGCCAUGCGGGACCAGCCGCCAAUGAGCGCCCGCAGCCAGCCGGGCAGUGCGUGGGAGCGCCCCAUAACGGGCAACGACCGCAACAACCCCUUUGGCGACGGUGCCCAGCGCCUCACCUCGGCGUUUUCGACUGCCCAACACGGCUUCCCUGGCGCAAAUCCGCAAGGGCCAGAUGCCAACGGUGUCUCGCCCGUCUCUCCUGGCGGUGCAGGUACUGCUUUCGCUGGCGGCGCUGCUGCCGGUGCCGCAGCUGGCAUGCUGACGCGCAAGGCGUCCACGCGCAAGGAUGGACCCAAUGCACUUGACCUGACGCUGCCUGCACCCAAUAGCAACAACAGCAAUCUAGGCCCCGUCCCCCCGAGCCCAGCAGCCACCGAAUACAGCAUGCACUCAAUGGCAACCAGUACGGCCGCGGUUGUCUCCGCUGGUGGCGCUGCGAUCGCAGCUGCUGGUGGCCCCCCUGUGUCUACGGUCCACCGUGUCCAGCUCGACUUCAAGCCCACGCUUGACGAUGAACUGGAUCUGCGUGCCGGUCAACUUGUUCGCCUUCUGCACGAGUACGACGAUGGAUGGGCUCUCUGCAUUCGCCUUGACCGUUCUAAGCAGGGUGUCGUCCCGCGUACCUGUCUGUCUACGCGUCCUGUGAAGCCCCGUCCUCUCCAGGGCGGUGGCCGGGCAGGCCCGCCUGUCAACCCUAGCGGUCGCCCCAUCACACCCCAGGGAGGUCCUUUCGGUCCUGGACGCAUGCCCGGCCCCAUGGGCGGCCCAAUGGGAGUCCCUGGCUCCAUGGUUCCUGGUCAGGGUGGCCGGCCACAGUCGCCUGCCAACCGCCCAAACACGCCACAAGGCGGCCCGCCGUCGCAGAAGAUGAUGAACGGCCAGAUGCGUCCGCAGUCGCCCUAUGGCGGCCCUCCCGGCGGCCCCCGUUCUGCGUCCCCUGCCACCAUUGGUGCUCGGUCCGUGAGCCCCUUGUCCGGCAGCAUCGGCCGCCCUCAGUCACCUGCCGAGCUCUCUGGUGCUUCCAGCGGUACCAGUGGUAGCCAGCCACAGAGCCCUGCCAGCACGGGGCCCCACAAUAUUACGCCGCCAGGGCCGAGCCCGGUCAACAAGCCAGUGCGCCCGACCAACUCGAUUGGUCGCAAGCCUGUCCCUGGCCAAGCCUUGUAA